GCGUUGGCUUCCGGCAGACGGUGCUCAUGGAGGCUCCGGAACAGUGAAACGUCUGAGGUGGUUCGGCGGCCGCCGCCAUGUUCGGCUGCCUGGUGGCGGGCAGGCUGGUGAGCGCUGCCCGGGCCGCGGGCGGGGCCCUCAACCCGCUCGGGGCCCGGGGUGGAGCUGUCGCAGGGCCGCCCGGCAGGGAUCGUUCCUCGCCUCGCCGGGCUUAGCCCGGGGCUGGCCCCAGGUGGAGGGACCUCGCCGUCUGCCCGACACUUCGGCUGGCUGUUGCCUGUCAUCCCCAGAGGCAGCUGCAUUGUAGAGGCUCGUUCCUGGGAGGCACUGGCCAUCCCCCGAGCUCAGGCUUCUCAGAGACAAGCUGCGAGUUUAAAAGAAGCUUUUUAAGCCUAGAUUGUGCGUUGGCUGCCAGGCUGCGGCGUCUCGGGUAAAGAGGAGGGUAUCUUUUCCUCUGGCAUUUAGCCGUCCUUCUAAUUGCCUGUCUCAAGGUCUAUUGUAUUUCCUAUGUGAACAGGUGUCCAUGAUCCUGGGGUUGUGCCAGCCAGGUGGUCAACAGCCACUGCUUAUAGACUUGGCAACCUCUUCUGCACCCUAUUUUCCUCCUACGCACAUGGGGAGCGAAGGUAUCCUGAUCCUGUAGUCCCGGGUGGGAUAUGUGUUCAGUGCAGGUAGAACAAGACUGUCGUGCAUUUUUAGUCAUAUUUUUUUGCAGUUGUUCUUUCUGCUGUGUUUCACUUUUAUCUGGCUAUUUGCUGUUCAGGUACAAGCAGCUCCCCAACAAGUGGCUGAAGACAAAUUUGUGUUUGAUUUGCCGGACUAUGAAAACAUCAAUCAUGUAGUGGUCUUCAUGCUGGGAACUAUACCAUUUCCAGAAGGAAUGGGAGGAUCUGUCUAUUUUUGUUAUCCAGACCAGAGCGGAAUGGCAGUGUGGCAGCUGCUGGGGUUUGUCACUAAUGAGAAGCCAAGUGCCAUCUUCAAAAUUUCUGGUUUGAAAUCUGGGAAGGGAAGUCAACAUCCCUUUGGUGCCAUGAACCUCCCUCAGACACCAACGGUGGCCCAGAUUGGAAUCUCAGUGGAACUGCUGGAGAACCUGGCCCAGCAGACUCCUGUUGCAAGUGCUGCUGUGUCAUCAGUAGAUUCAUUCACUGAGUUCACUCAGAAGAUGUUGGAUAACUUCUAUAACUUUGCUUCAUCAUUUGCUGUUACUCAGGCACAGAUGACCCCAAAUCCUUCUGAAGCUUUCAUUCCUGCAAAUGUAGUUCUGAAAUGGUUUCUAUUGGAACUGCGGGGCAAAUCAAUGUGUGGCCUUAAGCAUGGAAUUGUCUGCAGUCCCCUCUUCCAUACCUGUCCACAAGUUACACGUGGCCUGCUGGGAAGUGAUCCUGAGUUGGAGGCUGUGGUCUCUGCACAAGCCUGCUGGUGUCUGUCAAGCUUGCUCCACUGUCCUGUGAACUGAGAAGUGCUAAGCUGGCUCUGUGCAUCCCAAAGAGAGCCCCACCGAAGGGCCUUGUACAGGGACAGCUGAGGUGGUUUCAGAAGCAAUGGUGUUACCUUGUACAUCCCUAACUGGUAUGAGGUUUUCAUAGCUUGGUAUGGCUGUGAUUUCUUCUGUGAGAUGGGCAGCCUCAUUUAAACUCCUACCUGCCUGAACUUGCAUUCAACUAGCCCCAAAAAUGUUAGGCACAAAAUGGCCGCUUCUCAUUCACUUAAAAUUUUAGUAAGCUUGAAUGAACAUCCUCUGAGCUACUGCUUUAAUUAAGUACGUAGUGUUGGUGAAAUACACAAGUCUCGCUGUGAAUAUUUUUGAUGUGGAAUUAAAAAGGAAGAUUUUGGAUUUACUUAUUUACUGGCAUGGAGUAGAUGUAAUUCAUUGUGUUCUCUGCAUAGACUAACUUAUUUCUAUCAUUUUUAAAGCUAUGUCAUUUACAGCAGCUUUUGGGGUUUGUUUGGUUGUUUUUUCAUUCUAGGUAUGAGAACUUCCAGAGACGUCUGACACAGAACCCUCUGUUCUGGAAAACAUGAAAUUGAAUUGUGCCAUUUGAAGUGCAAUCUAAAGAGUGUUACCUGAAAGAGGCAGCAAGUGUCUCCAAUGAAGAAUUUGAGAGGGAGGGGGAAAAAAAGGAGACAAACAAUUAGUCUGAAUAGAGAAACUUGUACCUUUUGUAUUACUCUUGAAAAUUAUUUAAAAUUAAAACCUGUGAAAACUA